AAAGCGUUCAGCAGAUUUCCUAAAGAUACUUCAUAACUUGAUUGUGGAAGUUUAGCAAUGGAGCCUUUCUCCGCUGAUAACAAUUCAACUGACCUACCCUCACAGCCCUGGUAUGAACCCCAAGUCAUUCUCUCCAUGAUCAUUCUCAGCCUCACUUUCUUAUUGGGAGUGCCAGGCAAUGGCCUAGUGCUGUGGGUGGCUGGCCUAAAGAUGCAACGGACAGUGAACACGGUUUGGUUUCUCCAUCUCACACUGGCGGACUUCCUCUGCUGCCUCUCCUUGCCCUUCUCCCUGGCUCACUUGGCUCUCCAAGGACACUGGCCCUAUGGCUGGCUCCUAUGCAAGCUCAUCCCCUCCAUCAUCCUCCUCAACAUGUUUGCCAGUGUCUUCCUGCUGACUGCCAUUAGCCUGGAUCGUUGUCUCUUGGUCCUCAAGCCAAUCUGGUGCCAGAAUCACCGCAAUGUGGGGACAGCCUCUGCUAUCUGUGGAUGUAUAUGGGUGGUGGCUUUUGUAAUGUGUACACCUGUGUUCAUGUACCGGGAAACAUUCGCCGUAGACAACCAUUAUAUGUGUGGCUACAAUUUUGGUCUCUACAGCUCAUUAGGUUAUUCAGACUUCACCACUGAUCUCCUGGAAAAUGGGUCUCUUGACAACUCCAUUGUUCAGAUGCCUGGAGAAAUGGAUGAUAGAUUAGAGUCUUUCCCUUUACAAACAAAUGAUCUUCCUUGGACAGCCACCACUAUCCUCUAUUCUCAAACAUUUCAAAGACCUUCUGGAGAGUCACUCCCUAUGGAUUCAGCUAAAUUAUUUAGUCAACAUCCAUAUUAUAAUUUAUUUAAACCUCCUGAUGGGGUCUCAUCUAUAAUCCCCAGUGGGUUUCCCAUUGAAGAUCACAGAAUUGACCCACCAGAUAACUCUGAUACUUUUCUCUCUACUGACGUAGAGCUUUACUCUGGUACUUCCACCAAUUACUUAUAUGCAUACGAGCUAUCCCAAGAUUUCCAGGAUGAAUACUUAGGCCAGUUUUCAUAUGACAAUCAAGUACAAACACCCCUGAUGGCAAUAACCAUCACUAGGCUAGUGGUGGGUUUCCUUCUGCCCUUUAUUGUUAUGGUGACCUGUUAUGGCCUCAUUAUCUUCCGAAUGCGACGGGGCCGCUUCACCAAGACUCGGAUCAAAACCUUGCGAGUGGCCAUGGCUGUGGUGGUUGUCUUCUGUGUCUGCUGGGCUCCAUACCACGUUGUUGGAGUCCUAUCAUUGUUUUUUGGCCCAGAAACUCCCUUUGGAGAAGCUCUGCUGCCUUGGGACCACGUGUCCAUUGCUCUAGCAUCUGCCAAUAGUUGCUUUAAUCCCUUCCUCUAUGCCCUCCUAGGAAGAGAUUUCAGGAAGAAAGCAAAGCAGUCCAUGAAGGGCAUUCUGGAGGCAGCUUUCACUGAAGACCUCACACACUCUACCAGCUGUCCCCAAAGCAAAGUCUUUUUGGAAAGAAACAGUAUCAGUACAACUGUGUGACGAUAUGGAGCAGUUGACCCAAGCUGAGGUUCUUAGGUAUUCACCCAGUGCAACAUGUUUCUGAAACAACGAGGGAUAUCAUGAGCAGGAGAUUUCAGAAAUCAUCAAAGAAGCAAUCCAUAGGUUCUCAAAGUGUGGUCCAAGCCCAGUGGCAUCAGUGUCACCUGGUAACGUGUUAGAAUCACCUAGAAACUUGCUGAGUCAGAAUCUCUGGGGGUGGGCCCCAGCAAGUGUCUUAACAAACGCUCUUGUUUCUAAUAAAUGCUAAAUCAGAGAAUCAUUGUAUAGUCUACUUUUAUCCCAAACUAAGCCGAUGAGAUCAGUGAGAAC